AUGGCGUCGGGGCAGCAGUGGGUGUUGGUGGAGAUGGUGCAAGCGUUUUACGAGGCACCAGCGUAUCAUUUGAUUUUAGAAGGCAUUCUUAUAUUGUGGAUUAUCAGACUGCUAUUCUCAAAAACAUAUAAACUUCAGGAGAGAUCGGACCUCACAGAAAAGGAGAAAGAGGAGUUAAUUGAGGAGUGGCAACCCGAGCCGCUAGUUCCCCCCGUAUCUAAAGACCACCCGUCCCUUAGUUAUGAUGUAGUUACAGGCCCGCCAAGCCACAAAAUCAUCGUAAAUGGGAAAGAGUGCAUUAACUUUGCCUCAUUUAACUUCUUGGGUCUACUCGAUAAUGAGCGUGUAAAGUCGAAGGCUUUGAUGUCACUAAAAAAAUAUGGUGUGGGUACUUGUGGACCAAGAGGAUUCUACGGGACCUUUGAUGUUCAUUUGGAGUUAGAGGAACGUUUGGCAAAGUUCAUGAGAACAGAGGAGGCCAUUAUCUAUUCAUAUGGCUUUGCCACCAUCGCCAGCGCCAUUCCUGCAUACUCCAAGAGAGGAGACAUUAUCUUUGUUGAUGAGGCGGCGUGCUUCUCCAUUCAGAAAGGCCUGCAGGCAUCACGCAGCUUCAUCAAAUACUUUAAACACAAUGAUAUGGAGGAUCUAGAGCGCCUUCUGAAGGAGCAAGAAAUUGAGGACCAGAAGAACCCACGUAAGGCCAGAGUAAUCAGACGAUUCAUCGUAGUUGAGGGACUCUAUAUUAACACAGCAGAUAUCUGUCCACUCCCUGAACUGGUGAAGUUGAAGUAUAAAUAUAAAGUUAGGAUCUUUCUGGAGGAGAGCAUGUCUUUUGGAGUGCUUGGAGAACAUGGGCGAGGAGUCACAGAACAUUUUGGGGUCAACAUUGAUGAUAUUGAUCUUAUAAGUGCCAACAUGGAGAACGCAUUGGCAUCAAUUGGAGGUUUCUGCUGUGGACGAUCCUUUGUUAUUGAUCAUCAGCGUCUCUCAGGUCAGGGUUACUGCUUCUCAGCGUCUGUGCCGCCCAUGCUGGCUGCAGCUGCUAUUGAAGGUUUAAAUAUCAUGGAGGAGGAUCCAGGCAUUUUCAACAUUCUGAGUAACAAAUGCAAAGACGUCCACAAAGCACUGCAAGGAACUCCAGGGCUGAAGCUUGUAGGAGAACCUUCUGCUCCUGCUCUUCAUCUGCAGUUGGAGAACAGCACCGGAUCCAGAGAAAAUGACCUGAAGCUGCUUCGUACUAUUGUUGAAUACUGUUUGGACAGACAGAUUGCUUUCACUCUGGCUCGAUACCUGGACAAAGAAGAGCGCUUUCUUCCACCACCAAGCAUUAGAGUAGUUGUCACUGUGGAGCAAACACAGGAGGACAUCAAGAAAGCAGCACAGUGCAUUCGAGAGGCAGCUUUAAACAUCCUGAAAUAGUGACCAACAUAUCAACACAUCUGUCACACACCAUGAAGAUUUAAAUAUAUUCCAUGAGAUUACUGUACCAGAGAUGUGAAACAAACAAGUGUGAGAGAGAGCCUUCCUGUCUGACAAUUACAUGACCUUUGACCCUAAAAACCUCACCUGUUGAUAACUUUGUUUUAUAUUAUCAAGAUUGAACAUGUUUGUAUUAUACUUAUUUCAGACAUAGUGUACAGAUAAUGUUGAUUUAUUUUAGUCUUCAUUUUACAUCGGAAUAAAUGCAAAGUUGGUUCUUCAAUGUUUGCAGUUGGUGUGCACCACCAAACCUAGGUAUACUGUAUACUAUUCAAUGCCUUGAAUAAUGAUGGGAGAUCAUAACUAAUCUACAAUAAAUGAAGACAAGAACAAUAAUAAUUGUAUAUGUAAAGUAACUUUUCGAUGUAGUUUAUUUACAGAUUUUUCUUUGUUACCUUUUCACCAAAGAGUUUCUUCACCAUAUGAAAGUCAAUUUAAAAAUGUUUAUGCACGGCACAUGAAUUCUCUCUCUCUCUCUCUCUCUCUCUCUCUCUCUCUCUCUCUCGCAAUGACUUGUGAGGGAUCUUUUAUUUUAAAUUAUGCAAUGAAUUAUUCGUAUUUUAUCCUCUUGGUUUUUUUUUUGUUUUUUUUUAUCAGAUUUAAAAAAAAUAAAUAAAUUAAACCUCGAUAUGAAA